AUGUUCUGGAGAUUUGGGUUCCAUAAUGCAUCUGCAAUUGAUUCGCUCUUGGACCGAGAUGACGUUGCCCUCGAGUCGAUCCUAGACGAAGAUGACCUUCUUCAGGAAUGCAAGGCGCAGAACACGAGGCUUAUUGACUACUUUCAACGCGUGGACGUACUACAGCGCUUGCUGGGAUAUGUCACUGGUCAGAUCGAGGGCGAGGAAGCAGGUCGAUUCAAGUACCCAUAUGUUGCUACGGAGGUCCUCUGCAGCGAAAUCUGGUCUAUCGUCGAAACAUGCAUGAACCAUUCUGAAGAGCUAUUAGUACCAUUUUGGAACAACGUCCUCGAUCGUUCGCCGGAGGACAUGCAAACUCAGAUGGUGAUGGCCUCACACUUCGCCAAGAUCAACGCGGUUUUCCUUACGAAGAAACCUGCGGAGGCGAGUACUUUGAUGCUCGCGUUCAUUCAAUCACAGAGGGCAAUCGUUGAGCGUCUCAUACGGCACAUUGAGACGCCAUCAUUCGUGGAUCUCAUUGUACGGAUUAUACAACUUGACGAGCAUCCAGCAGGCGCGGGGGUACUAGAAUGGUUGUCGCAAGAGAGCCUCAUGGGUCGCCUCAUUGCUCUUCUUUCCCCCGAGCACAGCUCCGACAUGCACACCGUCGUUGCGGAGCUCAUCAAGGGCAUCAUCUCCAUCGCUUCCCCUUCCCCAGCUGCUGGACUCGGAGAAGGCCUGCAGAACGGACCGGCCUCAAACCGUUUCGCACGGGAGCUUGCACGUCGAGACAGCGUCAGCAAGCUCGUGGAAUACAUCCUCCAUGAUUUCAGUUCGGAAGGAUCAGAGAUCCCGGGUGACAGCGCAGAUUCUGAGCCUCCUAGUCCUGGACGUCCCAAUCUCGAAUCCUCAACUUCAUCUGUGGUGAAUUCGAUAUCUGUCCUCAUUGAAUUGAUCCGCAAGAACAACUCCGACUACUUCGAGCCCUACCUGUUCCAUACCCUUCGCAACAGGUUGAUUCAGAUCCAGCAACAACAAGCCAUGCAGUCUGGUGAAGAUCGUGACGCACUCGAACAAGCCAUGAAGGAAAUGGUGGACCGGAUGGGUGUCGUGCACCUGGGAGCAGUUCUGGAGAUCAUCUCGGAGCAUUUAGAGAAAUUUCAACGUUUGCUACGCAAUCCGAGGUCUUCGAAGGGCACCAUGCUCACGACUGUCGGCCCCAUUGUCCCCUUCACCUUUGAACGCUUCCGCAUUUGCGAACUCUACGCUGAACUGCUACAUUGCUCUAACAUGGCAAUACUCAAUCGACCCCCGCAAUAUGCCCAUUUAUAUGAUGCGGAUGGCCGCCUUCAGGGAGGUUUAUCAGCCCUCGAGGAACUGGCUCAAGUCAUAGCCAUGGGCUCCGGGGAGGGGGGAGGUGAGGAAGCCGCUGAUGAUGAUGAAGAUGAGAUGGAGCCUGCAGCAGAAUUCCCUGUGUCUGGUGCUCCACGGAUGAUAUCUGCUGGCAUGGACUCGGAUGAAGACAUGAGCGGCAGCGAGCCCGGGAGCUCUGACGAUGACGCUAUGGAAGAGAUAGCCAUGUAUGAUGAAGCCGGACCGUCGAGUAACUCAACCUCGGCUCUAUCAUUGGCUCAGGGUGUACCUGCAAGGACGCCAUCGCCAUCGCCGUCUCCAUCCCAAUCGCCGAGCAGUUCUCCGUCGGAGGGUGCACCCCACAUGCGCCAGAACUCUGCGAGUCCCGUCGGCUCGCUGUCCGACACCCCGCGGCCACACUUACUCCGGUCACGGCGUGGCUCACGGCGCACUUUGCGUGACAGUACCACUAGUCUGUCCAAGACAGGCUACGUCAGCGUCGGUGAGAAACUCAAGCGGAGGUUCUUGGAAGUCGACGUACUUUCGACUCUUCUAGACCUAUUCUUCGAAUUUCCUUGGAACAACUUUGCGCACACGGUUGUCUAUGAUACUGUUCACCAAGUUCUCAUCGGCCGUUUAGACUCGGGUGGAAACCGAGACCUAACCAUCUCGCUUUUCCGAGAUGCACGGUUAAUGCAUCGCAUCGUAGAAGGGCAGAAGCGUAAUGACGAAGAAAGUGCAAAACCGAAGGGCCUGCGGCUAGGUUAUAUGGGACAUCUGACAUUACUUGCCGAGGACGUUAUUAGCGCGCUGGAGCACUAUCCAGCGGACUUACGGCUCACGAUUGAACAGUUCGCCCCGAAGCCCGAUUGGGAAGAAUACGUUACUGGCAGGUUCAACGAGACAAAGCAGAGGGAUACCAGCCUUUUGGGUGGAGGCAAGCCGGUCAUAGCGUCUGGGCCAGGCCGUCCUGGUGAAAGAUGGACAGUAGACGAGGCUGAAAGCGCUGGCGGUAGCAGUGGCGCGAGCAGUUCUACGGAGGCUGGUACAAUGGGAGAGUUCAGAAGGGCGACGAGUACCCGUCCCACGAGAGAAAACAGUGCCGACUUCGGUGUUGCCCCCAUGGACGAAGAAGGAGAAGAUGAAGACGGCGCGGGAUCUGCCCAGUUUGCUCGCUAUUUGGCUUCGGAAAUACAGUCGUCACAUCAAUACGAGUCGUCGUCGGACGCAUCAGACGAGGAUGAUGAGGACGGCGACGGAGGUUGGCUAGCACGCUCACACUUCGACCUCGGACCUCCACCAGCUCGGCAGAAUGCCGAGAGACGUACACCCAGCGGGUUUGAUGAUACGUUCGGCGCAACCACGACCGCUUCAAGUUUUGACGAUCCGUUCAGCGCAGACGACGACGACACCUUCGGGCCUUUCUCAGACUCUGCUGCUGCAAGUGGCUCGGAUCCGUUCAGCUAUCCUAGCACACUGUCCGCACAAAUCGAGGAUGCAACCUCCUUCGAUAGCUUCGGCGACUUCGGCGAUUUCCAGGCCGCUCCCGAAGACGGAGAGCUCACACCUACCGGUGGAAGCUGGACCUUUGCCAGUGAUACUGCGUCAGCCGGUGACGGUUCUGAAUCUGUUGGCUCGGACGAUUUUGCGUUUAUGGGCGUGGACAAGCCAGAGGAGUCAAACACCAAACGGACCACUUGACGACGGUCCGGUGCACGUCAUUCCUUCCGCUCGUCUAUACACGUCUUCUGUAAUCUUCACUCGGAGCUCGGAGUUAUCUAUGCAUCAGAGUGUGUUUGCAAGGUGGUAAAAGUUCUCCGCAGUAGGCAAAGAUGUCCGCGGGGAGCCCCGCCAAAACAUAAGUCCCACUCCACUGUGCCUGUGCUGCAAAUACACUGUUACAGCCUUUAUU